CUGAACCAAUUGCUUGUGGAAGCGUUGCGGAGUUCCGGAAAAAAGGUCCUGUAUCUUAGUAUUUUCAUAUGGAGUUAUUAGUAUCUUAGUAGCUCUUAUUGUUGUAACCUUAUCCUAGUACUCUAGCUUAAAUAUAAACUGGAGCAGUUUUGAUUUUUCAUGUUCUUGCAAGAGUUCUGCCUCUGUUUCUAUACUAGUUCAAUCCUUACGCAACUUCUUAUUGAUAUUCGCGUUUGUCCACUGUAAUGAAGUUCUUUCUUAAGUAGAGACGGCCGGCUCAACAUAAUCGGUUGUUUUCAUGAUUUUCCUAGCGAGGAUUUGCAUUUUGAUUCAUGGUUCAUAUUCUACUCAUCACCGCCAGGUCUUGCAUUCCGCAAAGAUGCGUUUCUUUUUGAUGUGAAAGCAAGUUCUGAGCCGGAAUGGAAUUCCGAAGCUUGUUAAGCUGAUCAUGGAUCUCUGUGGCGAUUCACGAGCACGAGAUCAAGCGAGGAUCAAGGCGAGGCUUUCAGGAGGAGAAUUGAAACAGGAAGUGGACGCGAGUAGAUUAUGUUCUUUGAUCUUGCCGUUGUUCAAGGAAGGUGCCAGAAGUCCUUAAGCCGUGUUUUGGAUAUGAAGAAACAAGAACAGAAAAGAUGAAUUCUUUAUUAUUUUCAUUGAUGUAUAUUUUUGUUUCUAUUCUAGGAAAAAUAGGUAGUAUCUAGAACGCAGGACUGCCUUCUACUUCUCUCUAAUAUGCGUGAAGAACUGACGAGGGAGGCAAGAGUCCAGAAAUGCUUUUCCGGAUAAGGACAAGGGGAAACACAACCACAAGCAGAAACGGUUGCCAGGUCGUGUGCGAUGAAGUAGAGGCUAAUGCAUGAAGCAACCUGGAGUGCGUUCUUCCAGAUAAAAUGGCUGGAAAGCUUUUGAGCAAGCGAAAGUCAGACACGUUUGUGCAUUCCUGGGGCGGGUCGCAAACUCUAGAGGAAUAAGUGGCUUUGAUAUUGUAAUACAUAGAUGCCGAACGCAUCGGGGAAGUAAACUAUUGAUAAACGCACUCAAAAACAGAGAAAGGCUUUCACCGUUCGCAUUGUAUUGCAAGAGAAGUGGCUUUUAUCUAAAUCUCAUCACCGCUGAAUUGGUUUUCAAGUGAAUUCUUGUGGGGAACAUUGCCUAUAGUUGUGUGUAGUUACAGCUUCUGCUCCAGCAGCAGCACGUAUGUACAAAAACAUAAUUGAUCAUUUGUUGUUGCUAUAAAGUUCAGACUUCGAGUUAGUGUUUCUUUUGUAGUGCGCGAAUCUGCGGGCAUCGCAUUCACAUGGGCGUGGACAAGUUAUAAGGACAGGGACGGACGAUGACGAAUUGCGUUACGGAGUAUCACAAUCACUGAUGACACAUGUGCUUCAUAUACCCUAUAAAAAGAUGAAACACAGUCCAGGCUGACUGUCAUAUGACUGCUUCCUUGUGUAAUUGAACUCGAGCUGUGAAGAAAAACAAAUGGUAAAGGACCUCUAUAGUUGCAAACUCAUGCCAGAAGUCAUC